GUUCGCUUCAAAAGUUCUGAAAAGUUUCCUCGCUCUAUUAUUCGACGAUUCUGCAGUUGAAUCAGAACUUGAUUGGCAUCAGUGUUCAGUUCAGCAUACAUCUGCAUAAUGCCUUGGCACGGGAAGAAUAUGUGGGAAGCAGCAUCCGAGGGCAAUAUAGCCAGAAUAGAAAACCGUUUGAAUCUCGGCAAAAACAUUGAUCAACCUAACAUAGGCGAUGGAAAUAAAACAGCACUUAUGUAUGCAGCAGAACAUGGCCAUCCAGAAUGCGUUGAUUUUCUCAUUGGACGAGGCGCAGAUUUGAAUAGAGAGACGGAAAAUGGAAUGACGGCAUUGAUGUACGCAACGGAAGCCAAUGAUAUAAUGUCGAUGAAACAUCUCCUAGAAAAUGGUGCAAAACUUGUUUCUUGCACUGUCCGUGAGGCUAUCAAACAUCGUUAUGGUUACGAUAAGCACAAUGCUUUGAUAAUCGCUAUGAAAAACAACAACACAUUGGCUGCAAAAUUCCUUAUGGAGAAUGGUGCUGAGUUUGAUAUGAUUGAUGCAUUUUACGGAAUGUUGCACAAGCUCUGUGAUGCUGGCGAAAAAUUUACAACUAACGAGAAGAAAUUAAUCAAGCAAUUGCUUAUGUGUCUUCAACAGGGAGGUUAUAAUGGUCUUGAUUUGUGCCGAAGUGAUGAUGAAAUGGAUGAACACAUGGAGAAUCUAUGUCAAUCGGCAGAUUCUGUUGCCAUUGCACUCAGUACAAGCUGUGGCAACUGCAAAGAUACGAUCAUGGAUGUAGCUCAGGAGACUCUCAAAGAAACUGAAAUAGAAAUGAUCCGUGAAAAAAAUGCUGAGACUAUGUCUUUGAAAAACCAAGCAAGAAUUGCCAUCUGUAAAAGUCUCAGCCAAUCAAAAUGCUCUGAGGUCAUGACGGGGCUUAUCACUGGAAAAGACUUCACUGUUCUAAAAAGCUUUCAGCAAAAAGUCUCCGAACUCGAUAUCCCCAAAACUCUCCGAGCUUAUCUCCAGUAUGAUGAUCUCCACGCAGCUAUGAUGUCAUUGGUUGACCGAGCAACGAUUGAUGAAGACUUGAACUUCAAAGUUGUUUGUAUAGCAGAUAUGAUGAGCAGCAAUGAUCCAUUCAGUUAUCUUGAUUCCGAUUAUGACGAUGAUUCGGACGAUGAUUUUGAUCACAUGGGGCUGUUUAUACAUGGUAUACUUGGUAUGGAGGAAGAUGACACGUUAUCUUAUGCUAUGUAUGGGAUGAGUCUCGACCAACUUGCUUUAUGUGGGGAAUACCCACUCUAUGACUCUGACUUUGAUUUUUAGUUCAGUAUUAAGGUAGGCACAGGAGAAUACAAUUCUUGAAUUAAUUUCUUGAGAGACCAGACUUAAAGAAAUUUAAUGCCAGAACUACAGUAUUGAAUUCAUGAGAUCAUUGAAAAAUACUGUGAAGCCGUUCAGGAAGUCUAUUUUAGAAUUCCUUCCUUGUUUAUUUAAUCAACUUGACAUUGAGACAUUCAUGCGGACACGUUGAAAUGUAUAAUUUGUCCCACAUGCCCAAUUGAUUCUACUAGGCCUACCUUAAUUGAACUUCAAGAAUGAAGAGCACUUUGUUGAGUAAACCAAUUUUAUGGCUUACUUUGUGCAUGGGCUUUCAACUAGAACUAAUUGAAAGCCCAUGCUUUGUGGGACUAAAUAUGAGUUAUAAUGGUGCAAUUUCUAGUUCAUUUUGUGUGGCAAUAAGGUGGCCCAAAUAUAGGUUUACAGAAAGAGAGAGUAACUGUAAACCUACUUUUGGUACCUAGUACAACUACAAGUGUAUCUGUGCCAAAGGCCAGAACUUAA